AUGUCUUUAGGUACAACAACGCGUAAAUGUGCGGUUACCGAUGACGGUGCAUCAAUCUGUGCCACAAAACUUAACGACCCUAAUGGAUUUACUCUAACCACACGUAGUAAAUUAUAUCAAAGUAACAAUAAGUUAGUACUACGCCUUGAUGACCUUUCAAAAAGGAACAUAAACGUUACAAGUAAUGAGCAAGGGUCACCAAAAAAAGGGUCAGUAGCGGUAGUGGGGUCGUCAGAUGUUUUGUCUCCAAAUCUUGUUGAGUCAACAGAUUCGUUCUCAUGUAUGGGAAGAGAACUACUUAGUACUGAUGUAAGCUUCCCAUUGCCACCAUAUAUAUGCACUCGUUUUAACACCUUAUUGGAAGAAAUGCUUGAAAAGAUGGUAAACCUUCAUUCUAUCGUUCGAAGACACUCACAACCUUCUUCUUUAUCGACAAGUUUUGAUGGUAAGAGCAGCAGCAGCCCGUUUGUGGACACCUCAUCAGAUAAUAUGUCGUUACCUCAGGUAAACUCACAUACUAUUGAAACGGAGGGGGAAAAUAAAAAAAGAAGAACAAAUAGGCCUAUAAUACGGAGAUUCCAUAAGAAUGAAAAGAAAAAUGAUUUAAACUAUACCAGUAGUGAUAGUAGUAGUUCAUUUGUUGAUUCAUUAUCAUUAGAAGAAGAAGAGGAAGAAGAAAUUUCAGAUGACAUUUUGUUGCUGAAUCGUUUGCUUGACGAUGACUAUUCUCCUGAAAUGGCGAAAUCUCUUGAAACUAAGUCAACUUUGAUCAGAACAACAAAACAUGAGGAUAAUCCUUCCAGUGAUAGUUGUGGUGACGCUAAAGUUGAUGUCCUUGCAUCAUUUCUUGACGAAAUAUUAGAUAUAAAAGAAGAAAAAAAGGAGGAAGAUAUAUUGAAACUGGAAAGGAAACAACAACAUGGACAACGGCAACAACCCAAUGUGAAUCUAUCCCCAAUUGUCUUAACACCGACAACUUCUACUUCAAGCAUACUUACCACGGAUGAUUUACUUCUGAGCGUUGGUGGUGGUAACCCAUCAGUUGGGAAUAACAAUGUCAGUGGGCAAUCUUCUAAGAAAAAAACUGUUCCUCUACCACCUUCUUCUUCAACGAUAAGAGAAAACAAAAUUAAAAGAGAAAAAUAUAUGAAAUCCAUGGAAACAUGCGUGGAUUCUAUUAUUCAGUUACGUGAUUUCAUGGAAACGCGUAUCAAACAUGCUCAGUUAGAAGUUGAUGCGUACUACAGCCGAUAUUGUGAUUGUGUUUCUAGUGCAGACCUUGCUAAAAAACAGUCAAGAUUAAAUGAGGCAGUCAAGAAGCUGUGUAUUCAGACUGAUCGUCUUAAUACCACACAACUUUUACUUCGACAAGAAAAGUCCCGCUUACAAGUUAUACAGAGAUUAUCUGAAAAGAAUGCUGAAUAUUGCACUGGGGAAACCAAUUCUACGUAUAAACAAUCUGUGUCUGACGUGUCGCGGAGGGAGGAGCAUGAGUUAGGUAACACUGUUGCCCUUGCGUCCAGCCCAGUUGAGUGUUUUUGUCGAACAGCCAGUCCAUUACAUAGUACUAACUUGCUUGCCAGAGACGUGUUAUCACAUCGACGUCAGUUGAGCCGAUUGGUGGAAAUUUUCCGUGCUUGUCCGGAAGCGGUAGAACAGUGGGCUUUGAUGCUACAGCAGGAAGCUGAUGACUGUCAUGUAGCACUGGAGAAAAUCUUCUGGGAUUCACAAAGAGAAAAGGAGAAGCUACUACAUGCGUUUGAGAUUAUUUCCUGGGAGGAUCUUUAG